AUGCAAGGACCAGAUUUUGUAAGCAGCAAAAUAACAUGGUCAAACACAUCCUCCUCUGCACCUUCCUGUCCAUUAUUCCAUUAUUCUUCUUCAAAAACUCUCUUCCAUAUUAAGAUACAGCAAACUAACAAAACGAAAAGAAAAGCUCACUUCAAUUUCUGGCUCUGGUGGCUCAUCUUCAUAUCUGCAGUCAAAUUCAUAUACACAAAACACAAAAACCACCACAGUUUAAAAAGGGAGGCAGAGAGAGAACCCCAUAUCCACGUCGUUGUAAUCUUCGUCCGCCAUUUUUAAUGAGUGAACAAGUUUUGAGGGGUUGAGAACUUGAGAGAGAGAGAGUAAUGUCUCAGGCAGGGGACUGGGUUUAGGGUUUGAAAUAGGGUUUUGGAUGAUUUAAUGUAAUAAUAAGAAUAAGCCGCUUUUUUCAAAGACCAAAUUUGAGUGUUGCUAAAAAUUAUAGCCCAAUUAGGUUUUUUCUUUCUUCCUUCUCCAAUUUCGUUCCUCUCUCCUUCAGCCGCCGAAACCUCUCUCUCAGCCAUCCUCCUUCUCCCGUAUCCACGUCACGCCGCGGAAGCGCUCUCUCAGGAAAAUCUCCUCUCAGGCAAACCUCUCUCUCAACCGCGCCUAUCUCAGCCAGCGCCUCUCUCAGCCUCCGCUUCUCUCUGAGCCACCACCUCUCUCAGUCGCCGCCGUCACAGAUCCAGCACAGCAGUUCGCAGCCACCUCUUCAUUUUAUUUAGCUCUCUCUCUCCCUGUCAGCGUUCCGAAUAGCUCUAGCUCAGCUCAGCUCAGCCCAGCUCAGCUUCUAAUUGUUAUUGGGUUUUACAAAAUUGUGCAAUACUUUGUUCCUUCAAAUUGUUCGAAGAAGUCCAAAAAAUGCAUAAGGGAAGAAACAAAGGGAGACCCUCUACGAGACAAAUGGAUAGGAAGGACCAAAACAUGGACACUGAUAACCAAGAAAUUGCCACCGAGAUCCAAAAAAUGGACAUGAGGAAGAUUUCGAAACAGAUUGAGCUUUUGGGUUCUUCUCAUAUGACAUGGAAGCAAAGGAAGGAGUUGGAGAAUAGGAAAGUGAUUUCUCUAGGUGGAAAGCCUCCAAAGAAGCAGAGACUUCCUCUAAGUAUAGCAAGAGUGGUAAUGAAGAAUCAAAAGAAAAGGGAAAAAAAACUGCUGGAACAGAAUAUGGUUCUUGGACGUUUUGGUGGCAAUUUCAGUGGUGGUUCUAGAAGAUCAAUGGAGAAGCAAAGGCCUGAGAACAGGGUUCUGAAAGCAAGUGAAGGUCGCUUUAGAAAUGGUGUACUUGAUGUGAAGCAUUUGUUACAUGCAGCUCCGUCUAGAGACCGCAGCUCUGGUGCCCAUGUGUUCAGAGAGAACAAGAAAGGAAAUGGAAAGCAGAACAAAGGUAAGAAGAUCAUCGGUAUGGGCCCUUGAAUGCAUGAAGAUGGAAGAUCGUUUCGAACAAAAGAGCAGAAAGAAUUUGCUUCUGCUUGUUCUCCUAUUGGCAUUUGAGCUCAAACAGUAGUGUGAUCCAUCCUACAACUACUUGUACUGACAUUAGUAAUUAGCAUAUAGUUAGAAAAUCUUUUCUUUCCGUGUUUUUCUUCCUUGCACUUAGAAAUGUUUGCAAUACUUGUCCCUGAAUUUUGUUUUCUACUUUAAGGCCAGAUUAGCCAAACGCCUAUAUUUCAUGUGCUAAUGAAUAAUAAGGAUAUGUUGCUUAACUUGGAGGAAGAAUGGGGAUUAUUUUUAUAGCUUUCUAAAA